CGGCGGUAGUCAGGAGGCAGGAUCUGGUGGAUGUGGAUUGACAGAUCAGGGUUAGCCGCCAGGGGAGUCCAUUUUCCUUCACAGUCCUCCCCGAGACACCCAGCUCACUUCGGUGCUCCACGGAGCGGACAGAGAGAACGAGCCAGAGCCGCGCCUCUCUUCUCUCUCAGCUCGCAGCUGUGUAACAAACACACAGCAGCACACAGCAGCAGCGCCGCACAGUCUGCGAGACUCUCAGCCCGACCCAACCACAGCCAGUGCAGCCUGUUCUGCUCACAAGGGAAAGUCCGGUGAUCUGCUGUUUAUGGAGAUGAGAUGCAUGUGACCAUGUUGUCGCUGUAAUAUGAGUUUGCUAUUGGCAUGUGGUGCCAUGAAAACCUUGCAGGGAUAUCUAGUUCGGUAAGGCAUGGCGCUUUCUACUUGACCAAAUACAUCUCACAGGAGGUGGCGGCUGGCUUGCACAGAACAACAGCACGGCGGAGACCAAACCCAGGGCGCUGAAUUUAGAUAUGAGCUAAAAGUUUACCAACAUUAUAAGAUGUUUGGGAUCUACAUUAGGUGUUUACGUUUAGUGUGAUUCUUGUCAUUAUGGGUGUAGACUGAACGGGAGCUUAUUCUCUUCACCGAGAUAACGAUGGCUUUCUGAGGAGGAUAUCUCUGUCUGCGCUAUGAUCUGGACCAUGCGGACUCUGAUGCUGAGGACGCUGUGUGUGUUGUUGGGGAAUGCACAUAUCUUGUCUCUCAGAAAUAAUGGCUACAUGCGAACUAGAGAAACCGCGUUGGGUUAUUAUGGGUUUAACGCCACAGCGACACACAGGACCGCUCACACAGCCAUCGGAGAAGGUCCCCAAAACACAGUUUACAACAGCACUCGCUUUGGGGGACACGCUACAGGUACGUCCUACUCCAAACAGAAUAUUCAAACGUGGAUGGAAAAGAUUCAUUCUACUAAUGUGAGAAGGACGCGCGUAAUUACGGAUGAAACAAAACAUAGGCAUGUCGGAUUAAAACAACACCAGUCCAACAGAACACUAACGCUGGGGGAUUACUCUGACACCCCACACAGGGACAUGAUACGCCGCCACAAGAGGAGAAAGUUGAAUAGGGAGAUUGGCGGAGCCGCUGCCAUGGGUACGGCAGGUGGAUACAAUAUCCCUGAGUCUCCAGCAAUGGGCCAGCAGCGCGGGGGACAACUGGACAGCGACAGACGCAAGAGAGGCACAAAAGACGAGCAGAAGAAGGCGUUUAAGAGGGAGAGGGGGAGAAAAGUGAACAAAAGCUCAUUGGCUUUAUCUCAGGCGCACAGCGCAGUGGGCGGGCUGGACCCCCCUCUCUCUCCAUGGGAACCAAUACCCAAGCCCCUAGCUCUCACCUCUACCGACCUACCCCUCGACUUCUUCACCAGGAAAAACGAGAUGUUUACUUACCGGGAGGAAAACCCGUGGGAUGCCACUCCAAUGACACCUCCCAACACAGCAGAUUUUGGAAGUGAAAUCAAAAACCCAUUUUACCCAGUGACAAGUGAAACCUUUGGAGCUUAUGCUAUCAUGGGCGUUUCUGCCAUAAUUUUCCUCACUGGGAUAGCAGGGAACAUAGCCAUACUGUGCAUCGUGUGUCAGAACUACUAUAUGAAGAGCAUCUCCAACUCUCUCAUAGCUAACCUGGCCAUCUGGGAUUUUGUAGUGGUCUUCUUUUGCCUGCCCCUUGUCAUUUUCCACGAAUUGACUAAGUCCUGGCUACUGGGAGAUUUCACCUGUAAAAUCGUGCCAUAUUUGGAGGUGGCAUCUCUAGGUGUGACCACGUUCACCCUGUGUGCUCUGUGCAUUGACCGGUUCCGCGCAGCCACCAAUGUCCAGAUGUAUUACGAGAUGAUCGAGAAUUGCACCUCCACUACAGCCAAGCUCGCCGUCAUCUGGAUCGGAGCUCUCCUAUUGGCUCUCCCUGAGCUCCUGAUCCGACAGCUGGUCACAGAGGACCCCGCCCUACCAGAUGACCCCCCAACGGAGCGCUGUGUGGUGCGCAUCUCGACAUCGCUCCCAGAUACACUCUACAUCCUGGGUCUAACCUAUGAGGGCGCGCGGCUCUGGUGGUGCUUCGGCUGUUACUUCUGCCUCCCUACGCUCUUCACCAUCGGCUGUUCCCUCGUCACCGCCCGCAAGAUCCGCCUCGCCGAGCAGGCCUGCGUCCGCGGCAACAAGAAGCAGAUACGCCUAGAAAGCCAGAUGAACUGCACCGUCGUGGCGCUCGCCAUCGUCUACGGCGCCUGCGUGGUCCCGGAGAACAUCUGUAACAUCGUGUCAGCAUACAUGGCGGCGGGCGUGCCGGAGCGGACCAUGGCGGUCUUACACCUCCUGUCACAGCUGUUGUUGUUCUGCCGGGCGGCAGUGACGCCUGUGUUGCUCCUGUUAUUAUGUCGCCCGCUAGGCAGAGCCUUCCUGGACUGUUGUUGUUGCUGCUGCUGUAACCAUGCCCACUCCUCAGGCACGGCUAGUGAUGAUAAUGAGCAUGAGUGUACCACAGAGCUGGAGCUGUCGCCCUUCAGCACCAUACGCAGAGAGCUCAGCAACUACACUCCCGCAGGGUCCAACUGUUAAAACCACACAACUACUGUUAAAGGUCCAGUGCAGUCAAAGACAUGAUUUUUCAGUGUUUUAUAUUCCGUGUAUAUUUCCACACUAUGAGGUUGAUAUCAUACUGUGAAAUUGUGAAAAUGAUGAUAAUGCCCCUUUAGUAUAAGAUCCGUUUGAGAAGACCACCUGAAAUUCAUCCUGUUUUGGUGGGAUGGAGUUUUGGCCUGCCCGGUGACACCACCAGGUGGUAAAUUAGUUAGACCAAUUAGAAAGAGAGUUACAAACGUCUCUGUCAAAAACAGCAAGUUUUCAGUUUUCCCCUCCCCACUCAGACCAUUAACCAGACAAUCUGAGCUAAAUUCUUGCUGGAGAAAUUGCUAUUUUCUAAGAAGCUGUUUUUCUUUUUUGACAAGUUACUUAAUUAUUACCCGAAAAUGAAAUGAUGUUGAGAUAAAAAAUGGCUGCAUUGGAACUUUAAUGACUACACAGCUGCAGGACUAUACAAA